UUUUUUCUUUUUAACUUUUUAUCUAGUUCUUGAUCUCAUUGAUUACGUCAUGCUUUUAUUGUGGUAUUGGUUCAUGGAAUAUUCAGGUACUCACCAGUUCAUUUAAUCACCGAUUAGUUUGUAUAGGCAUCUGAAAGGUGUUCUUCUCUUACAAUUUAUUGAGCUGGAAUUAUUACUGAACUUCCCAUAUUGUACUCUUGCCAUCCUUCUACUGGCAGUUCACAAGAGCUAAACUUAGUAGUACUAGUUGUUGGCUCCUAUCCUUCUGAGAUUUGAUACCCCAGGUUUGACUUCUCAAAUGGCACAUUCUUUUUUCUUUUCUUUUUGUUUUUAUUUAAUUAACUUGAGACCUGAUGAGAAUGGAAUCCUAGAUGUCACUUUGUGUCACCCUCCACCUGAACAGCUCUUCCUAGAGCCCGUACCCUCCUCGUUCAUAUGCCUUUCCAAUUCUCUCUCUCAUAAACUCUCCAUUUAAUCAUUGAGGUAAACAUUAGAGUUAGUGGUACUCUAGUAGGAUAGCUGAAGAACUGCUGAAGUGACUUGGCAUCCUUGCAUUUUCUUGAAUAUAUAUAAGCAAGCACUUUUGUGUGUAAUGGACCACUAUAUCUCUGAAAUCCUCUAUCAACUUCUGAAAAUCAAGUUUAUUUCCCACAUUUGCAUAUCUCCCCAUUUUGUAUCAAAUCAACUGCUAUGACCGUGGCUGGUUGCCUGUUUCUUGCCUGUGUCAGACAGUCUGAGGGCUUCCAUGUCAUAGUUCUUAGGCAGUAUCUCUUAGGGAGAAAUGUUUGGGUAUCUUACCCUCUUGUAUUCAUCCUCUAGUUAUGGUAACGUGGAGUUGGAGACCGACAUUUUAAUUGAAUAUCAUGCUUAUGUCAAUCGUCUAUGAUUUUCUCGAAAUGACCACUAUUUAGGCUCCCCUGGUUUUCUAUAAGUGACCCAUAUAAAAGAUUGCUAUAUAUUUAUCAAGUUUCUAUCUUUGUGGUUUUGUUAUUGGAGAUAUGCAUCAUGGCGAGUGAUAUGAGAUAAAAGGAGUCUUCAGAUUAGUUUGGUUGAUGAAGUCAUCAUUCUGAUUUCCCUUAAUGUGUAUGAGUGAGGCCACUUUGGUUUGAUUAUUGUCACAUGUUUUGUACUCGAGUUAACCACUGAAAUAAUACUAAUUGUAUUUCUGUGUCCAACAUCUGUAGGAGUUUGAAUGAAUCCCAAAGGGAGUCUUGCCUGAGAUACAGAGUUGUCAUCUAGGACGCUGUGGUUGAGUUGUAAUGGCCAGUGAGCAGGAGCAGUUUGGCCUAUGUGGACCUAAACAUCUGACAGCAUACAUUGACUGGAGCAACCCUGACCACCGUCGAUCUGUCGCUGCUAGCCUAGUCAAAGGUGUAUACAUUCUUCAAAGAGACCGCCAGCAAAAUCGAUCAGGCCACGAAGCCCUUGCUCCCCAAUGGUGGACCUCCCUUGGCUUCGAUCUCCUCCGUUUCCUAAUAGAUGAUGCCGAUUCCUCAAUCUUUGGUGCCAUUUAUGUUAGAAAAUACAAAGAGAAUAAUGCUCCAAACAUCGUCGUAGCCUUUCGUGGAACAAUACCUCAAGGUGAAUCUUUCCAGCGUGACUUCAAACUCAACCUUGAGAUCUUAAAAAAUGAACUUCACCGUACAUCUCGAUUUGAACAUUCGAUCCAAGUCGUUCGAUCCUUGGUGUGCCAUGAUCAGAGCCUUUGGCUUGCUGGUCACUCUCUUGGUUCUGCACUGGCCAUGCUUGUGGGGAGAACCAUGGUUGAAUCCGGUUUGUUCCUCGAGACUUAUUUAUUCAAUCCACCAUUUUCCUCAAUCCCCAUUGAUAGGAUAAAAAAUAGGAGGGUUAGAGAGGGGCUCAUGAUAGCGAGCAGCUUUGUUACAGCUGGGCUAGCUGUUGUUCUGAAGAAGAAAUCUGGUGGGGCUAAGCAUGCAUUUCUAGCCCUUGAAAAGUGGUUCCCCAACUUAUUUGUUAACCCUAACGACCCUAUAUGCUCAGCUUACAUUGGUUAUUUUGAGCACCGAAGAAAAAUGGAGGAGAUUGGGGCCUCAAAGAUAGAGAGGCUAGCAACACAGAAUUCGAUUGGGGAUCUUGUGUCGGGUGCGUUUGGGAGAGAAUCUAAGCCAUCACAUUUGGUCCCUAGUGCGAAUCUGACUGUUAAUUUGGACCAUUCCAAGGAUUUCAAGUCGGCCCAUGGGAUACAACAGUGGUGGCAGCCGGACCUCAGGUUUGAGUGUACAUGUCACAAACAUAAGUGAUAUAUGGUUUGGCUUGGCCAUAAAUUUAAUGAAGCCAAAGGCAGCUUAGAAAACAGCUGAUAUUCCCUUAGUUUGUGAUUCUUAUUCUGUUUGCUUUAUCAUUAGUUUUCGACAGAUCACCUGAGGUUUCUUUUUAAAUAGGGCACCCUUGUGCUUGCUUCUUGUUCUUCCCCCUUGUUUUUAUAGGUUUGCGAACUCUCCAUAAGCCCCAGAGUAUCCAUAGAGGCCCUGCAAAUAUUAUUAAUUCAGCUGUAUUACUCUUUGAGGAUGUGGGCUUAAGAGCAAGGACUAUUUCCAGGUCUAUGAACAACGAGUGAAGCUGGACUGUAUAAUGUUUGCAUCCA